AUCAAGUUUAGCCGAACCUAGCCGAACGAAAAAAAACUUUGAUUGUGAUUCCACAAUGAACAGCGAGAGCAACAGCAGCACAAAGGUCGAAAUGAUGGACCAAGCCGAUGAAGCUGGCACAAGUGUAUCGCCUCUCAGUAAUUUACUGUGUCGGACGUGUCGGAAGCCGCAGGAUCAACCCGCCGUUCCCGUUGAAGCGGUGCUGGAUUUCCACGGGAAAUCCCUCUCCGACAUGAUUUUCGAACUGACGGAAAUAAUGGUCAACUAUGAUGCGAAUCUUCCUCAGUUCAUUUGUUUGGAAUGUGUUGAGGAUCUGCGGUCGGCGUACAACUUCCGACAGCGAUGCAUCGAUUCGAAUGAGAUGUUCCUAAAUGAGCUGAAUGUCGCCUUGGGUCAAGAUUCGAUUCCUGCCGAUCCCAGUGAGUUGAUAUUGAAGGUGGAGCAAAGUGAUCCAGAGCUAUCGGAAAUAAACCAAAAUGAAACCUUUGAGGAUCAGUCAAGCUUUGACUUUGAAGCUGAGCCGGUGAACGAUAUCGAAUGCAGUCCGCCAGGAUUGAAGAAAAGAAGAAGAGAAAAGAGGAAUACACUUAGCGGACUGGCAAGGACGUACAUAGUGAAGAAGGAGGAUCGCCAUUGUUGCUUCAUAGAUCCCCAAAGCAGAUGCAAAUAUUUCCAGGAGAUCUUGGAGAUGGGUAAUUUCGUUCGGCACUUCCGUGUGGUACAUUGUGAAGAAGCUAAGAGCAAAGGAUUUUUGCCACAAGGUACGCCGAAUAUAAAAAAGUAUGAGUCGAGAUAUUCUAGAAUUGCGACUAGGUACAUAGUGGAGCACGAAAACCGCUAUUUCUGUGAAAUAGAUCCAUCUAGUUUAUGCAUUUAUUCGCAGAAUAAAGAGGAUUUAGUUUUGGGUAAUUUUAUUCGACAUUUCCGAUUAGUGCACACAGAUGUGGCGGAGAAAAAAGGUUUGAUGCGUGGUGCGUUGCCAACAGAACGCGUGUCCGAUGCACGUAUCAUAAGGCGUGAUUGGAAGGAAUCUCCUGCAAAGCUUGUUUCGAUUGCCGGGAGGUAUAUAAGGAAGUCCGAAGACGGCAAAUUCUAUUGUGCGAUAGACGAGCAGAGCUCCUGCAAAUUCUCGCGGCAAAGGGCAAAUGUAACGGGCUUUCUACAGCAUUUCCGGGUUGCGCAUCCGAAAGCAGCCACGUCUAAAAUUUUCUCUCUUCAAUCGCUGGAUAAUGAAGAUGAAGUCCCUUCGCCUGAAUCGUCACUCAAACAGGAAAAGGCCCUUUAAGGCCCGAUGCCCACAUAGCGUCUUUUCAACGCUGCGUGUACACGGCGUUAAAAGGACGCAUGUGUGCAUCGGGAAAAAGCGGUAACGCAGCGUCGCCGCACCGAUGCACACCUGCGUUUUUUCAACGCCACGUGCACGCAGCGUUGACAUCGAUACUUUAGUAUGCAAUUCACUCGGAAUAACGGGAAUAGGAGAAACACAUAAUGUUACAAAGCUCGUAUCAAGAUGGAAGUCGUGCGAAGAAAUGGACUAUAUUUCAUUCAAGGUCGUUCUUGAUAAUAAAUGGAGAUCCAUUGCUUUGGAUGCGUCUACAUGGCCCCAGUAUAUCAGAUGUCGAGAAUUUGUAAGCAAGCACCGUACUACGUGGUAUCCCGCAUAUUAGCUAGUUAUUUUUUUGCAAUUAUUGUUAAUUUAGAUAUUCAAGUGUUAGUUUCUGUUGUAGCUUAUGAUUGUUUAUUGCUUCAGUGAAUAUGAUAAUACCAAUGUUGUAUUGUUUUAUAGUUUUAAGACACAUCAUUUGGGCUCUAUUGCCUGUUGAUGUUAAUAAUAAUAAUAAAAGGCUACGUGGGCAUCGUCCCUAAGACACGCUAAAAAAAUGAUGAAAAUUACUUCAAUUGCAUACGCCAACAAAACAUUCGAUAGAACAGAAGCCAAAAAACAUACUGUUCGCCAAGGAAUGAUUGCAAUUUUCCUCUCGGGUAUCUUUUUGGAAUGAAAAAACCCACUAAAAAACUUUUUCAAGUGCAUCUAUAUCUCGAGGAUUACAAUUUUGAAGUUGAAAACACAAGGAAUGGAAAGUGCUAUGGUGGGGUGCAGAUGGCGGACUGUACGCAUAUGCGGCGAAUGAUUCAUGUGUUGCGUCAGCUGUUGGGUAACCAUCCAUCAUUCACACCGCGAAAAUCUGACGACAUUGGUAGCCGGACACAUAGUCAGAAUGUCAUACUGUAACACGGUGGAAAUUGUCCUUGACAAUGAUCCGACGGGUACAAGAAGGCGAGGUGCGCAGCAAGUAAGGUGUAUCGAUUUGGUGGAAGUUUGGACACUUGAGUCAGUUUUUUAGUAGACUACACACAUGAAAUGAAUAUAACAAAAGUUGCUAAAUAUGAUAAAUUUACGAUUUUUUCCGUAGAAUCACGUAGAACUGUUUCAAUUGAAGAGAUAGCGAUCUAAAUAUUUAGAAAACUUUAAAAUAUAUUAUAUCAACCAAAAAGAGCCAAUAAAAAAACAUGAUAAAGUUGACAAAUCACUACAUGAUUACCACGUGAUACCUUUGAAAGAACACAUUGGUCAGAAUCGUCUAUAUAAAAAAUAAUGGAUAAAUACAUAUGGAAGAACACGAAGAAGACUGUUUCACCGAAUACCAACAAGAACAAUCGAUAUUGGAUAAUUAUGUGACUUGAUAAAAUGCGUUGUCAGAAGACUCGUACAAUAUUAAGAAGCCUCCAUGCCCAAUUUUUUGGUAGAGAAUUUUAUUUUCACAUAUGAAAACAUUCUAGAACUCAAAGCGGAUCAAG